GUGUGGGGUCUCCAGUCCUCGGUGUGGGGUCUCCAAUGUCGGGUGUGGUGUCUCCAGUCCUCAGUGUGGCGUCUCCAAUUUCGGGUGUGGUGUCUCCAGUCCUCUGUGUGGUGUCUCCAAUUUGUGUUGUCUCCGAUGUCUGGUGUGGUGUCUCCAGUCCUCGGUGUGCGGUCUCCGAUGUCGUGUGUGGUGUCUCCAGUCCUCGGUGUGGGGUCUCCAAUGUCGGGUGUGGUGUCUCCAGUCCUCAGUGUGGCGUCUCCAAUUUCGGGUGUGGUGUCUCCAGUCCUCUGUGUGGUGUCUCCAAUUUCGGGUGUGGUGUCUCCAGUCCUCGGUGUGGGGUCUCCAAUGUCGGGUGUGGUGUCUCCAGUCCUCGGUGUGGGGUCUCCAAUGUCGGGUGUGGUGUCUCCAAUGUCGGGUAUAGACAAAAUAACCAUAAUGGCUUGGUGAAUAUAAUUUAUAAUUCCAGCAUUAAAAUUUAAAAAAAAAACUCCUUUAUCUGCAUUGCCCACGGGUAUAACUAAAACGUACACAACAUUUUUUGGGGUCUUAAACUGUAACAUUAAAUCUGUAUGAUAAGGUGACGCUUUUUUCUCUCUCUCUGCAAGUUUAUGUCAAUCCAUUCCCUGAAGGUGUCACGCUUUACGUAGCACCGAUCUGUCACCGUGUACUGCCGCUAACGGUGUUUGAAAAGUGUUACAGAAGGAACACAAGAUACGAUAACCAAAUUAUGUUGUAGUGUGACAGGCGAAGGCCGAUAAAGGCAUGGGAUGAAAAUUAAUUCAAGAUGCCUCUUCUCAUGUGAGGUUUUGAAAAAAAAAUAUUUUACGA